AGAACAGCUUUUGAACCUAGACUCGAGUCUAGGGCUGUUCCGAUCGACUUCAGCGGCCAAGAGCGGUACAGAGAUCGGGGAGCCAAUCUGAAGACAGUCUCCCAGUUUCGGGUUUUUAUUUGUUUCGACAACUAAAGGAGCUUGACCGUACCAACAAGAUGGCCUCCUACGAUCCCAAUGAUCCGGACAUGAAGUAUCUUGCGGUAGACCGCAAGAAACUGCUGAAAGAGCAAACAAAGGCAUUUGAUGCCAAAAUAGCUUGCUGGGUCCCCGAUGAGGAAGAAGGGUUCCGCGCCGGCGAGAUCAAGGGCGAAUCUGGUGAACAAGUCACGGUCAUUGUCUUGGAUACCAAUGAGACGAAAACCUUGAAGAGGGAUGACAUCCAGUCGAUGAACCCUCCCAAGUUCGAGAAGAUCGAGGACAUCGCCAAUAUGACCUACCUGAACGAGGCCAGCGUCCUGCACAACCUGAGGGCCAGAUACGUUGCAGGGCUCAUCUACACGUACUCCGGCCUGUUCUGUAUCGCCAUCAACCCCUACCGUCGUCUCCCCAUCUACAUCAUGUCUGUCGUUGACAAGUAUAGAGGCAAGAGGAAGACCGAGAUGCCUCCCCACUUGUUCUCCAUCGCUGACAACGCCUACCAGUUCAUGGUGCAAGAUCGUGAGAACCAGUCUAUGUUGAUCACCGGCGAAUCGGGAGCUGGUAAGACUGAGAACACCAAGAAGGUCAUCUCUUACUUCGCCUUCGUUGCUUCCGCCGGAGAGAAGAAAGAAGAGAGUGAGGAAAAGAAGGGUUCCCUCGAGGACCAGAUCAUCCAGGCUAACCCUGUUCUUGAGGCCUACGGUAACGCCAAGACAUCCCGUAACAACAACUCCUCCAGAUUCGGUAAAUUUGUGCGUAUCCAUUUCGGCAGUUCAGGAAAAAUAGCCGGAGCUGAUAUUGAAACAUAUUUGCUGGAAAAGUCUCGGGUAACCCAACAACAGUCGGUAGAGAGAAACUACCACAUCUUCUACCAGAUGUUGUCAAAUGCCGUACCUGAUGUAAUUGAGAAAAUUGUGGCUCAACCAGACCCCGGCCUCUACUCCUUCAUCAACCAGGGUGUGUUGACAGUGAAUGGCAUUGACGACGUGGAGGAAAUGAACACCACCCAUGCUGCCUUUGAUGUCUUGGGUUUUACCCCAGAUGAAAAAGUAAGCGCUUACAAGUGCACUGGUUCCGUCCUGCAUUUGGGUGAGAUGAAAUUUAAGCAGAAGGGCGAGCAGGCUGAGCCUGAUGGAACUGCUGAGGCUGAGAAGGUUUCCUUCCUAUUGGGUGUCAACUGUGGUGACUUCCUGAAGGCUCUGUGUAAACCCAAGAUCAAGGUGGCCAUGGAUUACGUCACCCAAGGACGAACCAAGAAUCAGGUUACCUACUCGGUCAGUGCCAUGGCUAAAUCUCUCUUCGAUCGUGUAUUCAACUGGCUUGUGAAGAGAGUCAACCAUUCCCUGGACACAAAGAAACCAAGAAACUAUUUCAUUGGUGUACUGGACAUUGCUGGCUUCGAGAUCUUUGAUUUCAACAGCUUCGAGCAGCUGUGUAUCAACUACACCAACGAGCGUCUGCAGCAGUUCUUCAACCACCACAUGUUUGUGCUGGAGCAAGAAGAAUACAAGAAGGAGGGCAUAGUCUGGCAGUUCAUUGACUUCGGCAUGGACUUACAGGCCUGCAUUGAACUCAUUGAAAAGCCCCUGGGUAUCCUGUCAAUUUUGGAAGAAGAGUGCAUGUUCCCAAAAGCAUCUGACAAGACCUUCAAGGACAAACUGACUGAGAACCACAUGGGCAAAUCUCCCAACUUCCUCAAGCCUGGCAAAUCUAUGAAGGGUGGCCAACAUGGUGACUUCGCCCUGAAGCAUUACGCCGGAACAGUUCCCUACAAUAUCGGAGGCUGGCUGGAGAAGAACAAGGAUCCUAUCAACGAAACCUUAGUGAAUUUGCUUAAAGAAUCCAAAGAACCGCUGGUGUCCCUUCUCUUCCAGCCCCCAGCUGAUGAUGGAUCUGGUGGUGGUAAGAAGAAGAAGAAGAGCUCUGCAUUCCAGACUAUUUCUGCAGUCCACAGGGAGUCUCUGAACAAGCUGAUGAAGAACCUGUACACCACUCACCCUCACUUUGUGCGUUGUAUCAUCCCCAACGAGACAAAGAGUCCAGGUGUUAUUGACGCUGGCCUUGUCCUCCACCAGCUUCAGUGUAACGGUGUACUUGAGGGCAUCCGUAUCUGCAGGAAGGGAUUUCCUAACAGAAUCGUCUACUCUGAGUUCAAACAGAGAUAUUCUAUCUUGGCUCCCAACGCUAUCCCAGAAGGCUUCGUUGAAGGCAAGAUUGUUGCUGGCAAGAUUCUAGAUGCCCUGGAACUGAACAAGGAAGAGUUCCGUCUGGGUAACACCAAAGUUUUCUUCAAAGCUGGAAUCCUGGGUUACCUUGAGGAACUCCGUGACGAUCGUCUCAGCACAAUUUGUUGUCUGUUCCAGGCUCACAUUCGUGGGUACUUGAAGCGCAAAUUCAUGAAGAAUUUGGAUGACAAGAGAACUGCAUUGGAGUUGAUUCAGAAGAACAUCCGUAAGUGGCUGGCCAUGAGGAACUGGCUCUGGUGGAGAUUCUACACCAAGGUCAAGCCCCUCCUCAGCAUUCAGGCCGCUGAAGAUGAGAUGAAACUGAAAGAAGAAGAACUGGCAAAGGCAAAGGAAGAGCUUGGUAAGGUUGGUCAGAGGUGCAAGGAACUUGAGGAACAGAGCGUUACAUUGAUGGAAUCCAAAAACAAAAUGUUCCUGGAGGUGCAGACCCAACAAGACACUAUCGAUGACUGCGAGGAGAGAAUCGAGCAGCUUUUGAAAGGCAAACAAGACUUUGAGAAUCAACUGAAAGAGCUUGAAGAUCGCCUUCUUGAUGAAGAAGAUGCCAAUGCGGAUGCUGUUGAAAACCGUAAAAAAAUGGAAGGAGACAAUUUGGCUUUGAAGAAAAAUGUCGAGGACUUGGAGGGAAACCUAAAAAAAGCUGAAGAUGAGAAGCAAGCGAAGGACAAGCAGAUUCUGAGUCUGCAGGAUGAACUGGCCAAUGCUGAUGAUGCUUUAGCUAAGCUGUCUAAACAGAAGAAGGAUGGUGAGGACAACAUGAAGAAGACCCAAAGCGAUCUGCAGGCAGAAGAGGACAAAGUCAAUCACCUCAGCAAGCUUAAGAACAAGUUGGAACAAACUCUUGAUGAGCUUGAAGACAACCUAGAGCGUGAGAAGAAGGUACGAGGUGAUGUUGAGAAGGCCAAGAGGAAGAUCGAGCAGGACCUCAAGGGAACUCAGGAGGUUGUGGAAGACCUAGAACGUGCCAAGAGAGAAGGGGAAGAAGCAAUGAGAAGGAAAGACAUUGAAAUCUCAGGUCUUAACACCAAACUCGAAGAUGAACAGAGCAUGGUGGCUCAGCAACAGAGGAAAAUUAAGGAAUUCCAAAGCCGCGUGGAGGAGCUGGAGGAAGAGCUUGAGAGUGAGAGGCAGAUGAGAGGAAAGGUCGACAAGCAGCGAACAGAGCUGGCUCGCGAGCUGGAUGACCUGUCCAUGCGUCUGGACGAGGCCGGAGGUGCAACAGCUGUUCAGAUGGAUCUGAACAAAAAGCGAGAACAAGAACUCGCCAAGCUCCGCCGCGACCUCGAGGAGGGAACUCUUCAGAACGAAGCUCAGAUUGCCAGCCUUCGUAAAAAAGCUAAAGACACCGCUAACGAGCUCGGCGACCAGGUGGACCAACUGACAAAGGUGAAGCAAAGGCUUGAAAAGGAGAAGAACCAGAUGAAGAGCGAAAUUGAUGAACUUCAGUCACAGCUAGAGUCCAGACCCAAGACAGCCGGCGUCUCUGACAAAGUAUCAAAGCAGAUGGAGGCUCAGCUGUCUGAGCUGAACUCUAGAAUCGAAGACAGUAACCGCCAGAACGCUGAUCUCCAAUCUCAGAGGAAUCGUAUGCAGGCAGAAGUAAGCGACCUCACACGCCAGCUGGAGGAUGCCGAACACCGCGUUAGUGUGCUGACGAAAGACAAAGCAGCUCUAAGCAGUAACCUAGAAGAGGCAAAGAGAGGUUUCGAGGAUGAGUCUCGUCUCCGUAUGAAGCUGCAGUCAGAGAACCGCAACUUGUCCGCCGACGUCAAUAACAUCCGCGACCAGCUUGAGGAGGAGCAGGAUGGCCGCAGUGCCCUUCAGAGGCUACUCUCCAAGGCCAGCAAUGAAGCGCAGCAGUGGAGGGCCAAGUUUGAGACAGAGGGCGCAGCGCGUACUGAUGAGCUCGAAGAUGCAAGGCGCCGUCUUCAAAGCAAACUCAGUGAAACAGAGCAAAACCUGGACACUGCCAACAACAAGGUCACAGGCCUUGAAAAAGCUAAAUUCCGAAUGCAGGGAGAGCUUGAGGAUCUCAUGAUUGACGCGGAGAGGGCCAACGCCAAUGCUAACAACCUUGAGAGGAAGCAACGUGCAUUCGACAAGACCGUGACCGAGUGGCAGAGCAAGGUGAAGGGCCUCCAGAACGAACUUGACACCGCCAACAGGGAGAGCCGAGCCGCCGCCGCUGACGUGUUCCGUAUGAGGAGCCAGGUUGACGAAGCUAAUGACGGUGUGGAGGCUCUGAGGCGAGAGAACAAGAACCUCUCUGACGAGAUCCGUGAUCUGACAGAUCAACUGACAGAUGGUGGUCGCAGCGCCUUGGAGAUUGACAAGGCCCGCAGGCGUGCCCAGAACGAGAAGGAGGAACUCCGAGUUGCCCUGGAGGAGGCGGAAGUCAGUCUGGAGCAGGAAGAGGCCAAAACUGUCCGUGCUCAGAUUGAGUUGGCCCAAGUCCGCAGUGAAAUUGACAGGCGCCUCAACGAGAAGGAAGACGACUUUGCCAGCUCCAGGCGCAAUCACCAGAAAGCUGUUGAAUCCCUGCAGGCCAGCCUCGACGCGGAGACAAAGAGCAAAGCUGAGGUCAUCAAGAUGAAGAAGAAGCUUGAGCAGGAUAUCAACGAGCUGGAAGUGGCUGUGGACAGCGCCAACCGUGGCCGUGCUGACGCCGAGAAGAAUGCCAAGCGAUUCCAGCAGCAGAUCAGUGAGGUCCAGUCUCAGGUUGAGGAUGCACAACAUGCACGGGACGAGGCUCGCGAAGCUGUGGUAGCUGCCGAGAGGCGCUACAACUUGCUGAACUCCGAGUGUGAGGAACUCCGGGCUUCUCUGGAGGUUUCUGAACGUGCUCGCAAAGUCACUGAGGGAGAAUGCCAAGAGGCCAGCGACCGCAUCAACGAACUGUCUGCCCAGUUGGGCUCCGUAGCUGGACAGAAGAGGAAGCUGGAGACUGAUAUCUCAGCUAUGCAGGGCGACCUAGAGGAUUUGAGCACUGACGCCCGUUCGGCUACAGAAAACUAUAAGCGCGCCAUUGUGGAUGUCACUCGUCUCUCCGAAGAGCUCCGUAACGAACAGGACCACGCCCAGUCCCUGGACAAGGCACGUAGGAACCUGGAGAACCAGGUGAAGGAGCUCAUUAUUCGCGCUGAGGAGGCGGAGGCGACCGGCGUCAAGGAGGCCAAGAAGGCCACCAUAAAACUAGAACAGAAGCUCCACCAGGUGGAGGGUGAUCUGGAGAACGAGGUACGCCGCCAUUCCGACACCCAGAAGCAGGCUCGCAAGGCUGAAAGGGCCGUGAAGGAGAUCUCCUUCCUGGCCGAGGAGGAGAAGAAGAACCAGCAGAGACUCAAAGACUACGUGGACAAACUCAACGGCAAGAUUAAGACAUUCAAAGUACAAACAGAAGAGGCGGAGGAACUGGCCAACAUCAACCUGAACAAGUACCGGCAGGUGCAGCAGCUGCUGGAUGAUGCGGAAGAGAGAGCUGAUUCUGCUGAGAAUGCACUGUCCAAACUCAGAGCCAAGAACCGCAGUACCAUAUCCAGUGUUCAUUAAAAACUUACAGCACGUUCUACCACGCCCUGCCUGUUUGUGAAUUCCGGAGACACGUAUAUUCUUUUGAACAUUUCAACUGGUUGACAAUGUUUUUUUUCUGAGGGAGUGUGGGGAGCGAAAUCGGCUUUCAUUCCCAACUGAGAUCAGCCGUAAAGAUUGACAAACCGACAUCAUUUUAACAUUGAUAUAUUGCUCAGAAAUACACCUACAGAUAUCGGAAUCUGGGCAUGUGAAGUCUAGUUACUGAAGCCCAGGGUAUCUCUAGAUGCAUUUAACUGACGAUUCGUUAUAUAAGCCGUACAGUUGGGCUAGUGGAUGCGCUAACUCAUCACGCACCACGCCCUGGUACGCCCAGAAGUAGUAAGCGUUACAAUGAAAUGACCGUGAUGCCAACUAAUGGCGUCUUUCACCGCAAUAUGAAUGAAUACAAGAUAACAGUGCUAUAUAUUCGCUCACAGACAACACAUUGUAAAAUAUUUGUCAGUCAUGAGUUUCUUGACAUGCCACCCUUGUUCGGAACCUGAAUAAAAUGUUACUUAUUGA